AUGAGCACUACAACUACAACAACUACAACCGAGAAACCAAUUCAAGUUACUUUAUAUGAUAGUAACACAAUAAAACAAACUUUAGAUGAUUCAAUAGUAAAAUAUGUAACAUCAGCAUUAUCAUAUACACAAAAUCAAAAAUUAAACUAUACCAAAGUUUUAUUUGGUUUAAUUGGGUGUACUUUAGCAGCAAUAGCACAAUUUUAUCCAAUACCUUUCCCAAAGAAUAAACCAGUUUUAAUUUUAUGUGUAGCAUUAUAUGUAGUUAUUAGUUUAAUUUUAUAUUAUAUCAAUAUUUUCAUUCAAAAGGAUUAUAUAUUACAAGCAAGUAAAAGUAAUGAUGAAAUUAAAGUUGCAACUGUCUUACAAAAGUACGAUCCAAACUAUCAAGUAAAGAUUGAAAAUGCAAAAAAUUCAUCAAUUAAUGUACCAUUCAGCAAAUCAAUUGACCUUUAUUUCGAUACUAAAGGUACAUUUUUAGAAUCAAAUUUUCAUAAUGAUUUAUCUGUUCAAUUUAAAAAAUUUGCAAAGUUAAAUGUAAAGGAUAAAUAA